AUGAAUAAAGCGGAGGCCGAAUCUCUCGCAGCAAUGGAUCAAGGCAGGAUUGAUACCGAGAUUGUUUCUACACUGCGAGUAAUUCAAACGGAGAAGGCUGUCGCAGGCAAGAAGUUUGUUAAGGAUAGAAGUCAACUAUCAGUGACAUACAGACCUGAUCAAAAACACCGCAAUGGUCUUUUCAAUACGAGCAGUCCGGCGUUAUCUAGAUCUUUGAAGGAUUUUGGUCAGAUUAUGCUCACAACAAAUCUACGUAAGAACAUAUGGUUCGAAGCAGCACAGCAAAGUUUUAAGCCGUCAUCGUAUAAAUAUUAUCAGUUGGAGAAGGCUAAAAAUGCUACUACUAUGCUGAAAGCAUGA